AUGAAUUUAGCCUCUGAGCCCCAAGAGGCCCUCCAUGUAGGAAGCACCCCCAGCCGCAGUGCUGGGCCCUUUACCGCCUCACUUGCCUCCAGCUCUGCCCCUAGGGUCAUCACAAACCAGUACAACAACCCAGCUGGCCCCUACUCCUUUGAAAACAUCUCCAGCUUCAACAGUGCCUUGGAGUCAAAGACAGCAGCCAGAGGGCAGGAGACAAAUGGCAAAGCCUUAGACCAUUCUCAGCUUCCAAGCAGACUCCUCAUCGACAAAGAAUCUGAAGUUUACGAGAUGCUCCAGGAGAAACAGGAGUUAAAUGAGCCUCUGAAACAGUCCACUUCGUUCCUGGUAUUGCAGGAAAUUCUGGAGUCUGAGGAGAAAGGGGAUCCCAACAAGUCCUCGGGAUUCAGGAGUGUUAAGGCUCUGGUCACCAAAGUGGUUGCAUCGAUUGGAAAUGCCCAGAAGCUGCCCAUGUGUGAGAGAUGUGGCACCCGCGUUGGCGUGUUCAUGACGCUGUGGGACCAUCACCGCCACCUUGUGUUACCUGUACACUGUCUGUGGCACCAACCUGAAAGAGAAGGGCCAUUUCUUCGUGGAGGAUCAGAUCUACUGUGA